GGAUGGCGGAUAUUUCAAGUCUCUUCAAAACGUUUACCCCUUCACUUUCUUCUAUAAAAACAGAUCUACUAAGGGCGAAUCGUGAAUGUUCACAAAGGAAAUUAUUUCACAGUGCUAAGUGGGCUGCAGAGUUGCUGUACUCCAUUGAGUCACCUGUUGACUACAAACAGAUCUUGUCUGUGCAAGAAAGACCAGAUUUUGUCGAGGAAUAUGACAAGUUCUGCUUGGCCUCUAGUUUCUUUGAUCUGAAGGAGUAUGACAGGGCUGCUUACUUUGUCCAGGACUGUAAGAACAACAAAGCCUACUUUUUACACAUGUAUGGAAGAUACCUCGCUGAUGAAAAGAGGAAGCUAGACAAUGCACCUGAUUCAAUUGGCCCUCCAGAAAAACUUGAAAAUGAACAUUUAAAAACUCUGAAGACAGAGUUGGCUAAGAAGUAUGCAAUAAAAGAGCUGGAUGGAUUCUGUAUAUAUCUAUAUGGUGUGGUGUUAAAGAAACUAGAUUUGUUAAAGGAGGCAGUAGAAAUCUUUGUUGAUGCUGUAAAUGCUGAACCGUUACACUGGGGAGCAUGGUUAGAGCUGGUCACACUUAUUAAAGACAAGGAGUCACUGUUGGCCCUGUCCCUGCCAAAUCAUUGGAUGAAGCACUUCUUUCUGGGGCACAUUUACCUGGAGCUGCAGCUGAAUGAGGAGGGAUUGAAAAUUUACCAGCAUCUUAUGGACAAAGGCUUCGUUAAAAGUACCUACAUUGUGUCACAGGUCGCCAUGGCCUAUAACAACAUGAGGGAGGUGGACAUGGCAGUAAAUGCCUUCACAGAACUGUCAGAGAUGGACCCCUACAGACUAGAAAACAUGGACUACUUCUCCAACACUUUGUACAUAAAGGAGAUGCGAGCUGAUUUAGCUCACCUGGCACACCGGUGUUGUGACAUAGAUAAAUACAGAGAGGAGACUUGUGUUGUUAUAGGUAACUAUUACUCUCUGCGGCAGCAACAUGAGAAAGCCGUGCUGUAUUUCCAGCGGGCCCUGAAGCUGAAUCCCCAGUAUCUGUCCGCCUGGACCCUGAUGGGGCACGAGUUUAUGGAGCUAAAGAACACAACUGCAGCAAUCCAAGCAUACAGACAGGCUAUUGAAAUCAACAUUAGGGAUUACAGAGCCUGGUAUGGUCUCGGACAGACCUAUGAGAUUCUGAAAAUGCCAUUUUACUGUCUGUAUUACUACAGGCAGGCACAGAAACUAAGACCCAAUGAUUCUCGAAUGGCGAUGGCACUUGGCGAGUCUUAUGAGAAAUUGGAAAGAUUACAAGAGGCUAAGAAAUGUUUCUGGAAGGCUCAUGUAGUGGGUGAUAUGGAGGGGAUGGCACUCAUCAAACUGGCCAAAUUACAUGAGCGUCUUGGUGAAGAGGAUCAGGCUGCCUCAGCUUAUACAGAGUACAUCAAUGAGGCCAAUAGAAUGGGGACUUUCAGUGCAGAGGACCAGAGUCAGGCUUACAAGUAUCUAGCUAACUACCACCUACAAAGAAACAACCUAGACGACGCCUACUCUGCCGCCCAGAAGUGUACAGAGUUCCCAGAGAGGAGGGAGGAAGCCAAGGGAAUAUUAAAAGACAUCCAGAACAGACGGGCCAAGAAGGAGGGGGCGUACACUCACCCUGUCAGAAUGGACGAUAGCCUGGGGUCAAUCUGUCCUGACCCCCUCAAUGUCAGCACCAGGACCCCGUCUGUCUGUCUGUCCCCUGUCAAUCUUAAGUUUGACAUUGGGGAUGACUGACACUGGAUUUUAACACCUCUAUAGUUGUUUAUACAUGUACAGUUACUGAGGAUAGGGUGUCUCUGGGAGAAGUUGGACAUUGACAAGUGGGCUCACAACAUAGUCUAUAGAUAUAGGUGAACGUUGUGUGGUAUUAGUUUACCAAUACUCAAGAUCAACUGACUAUUUUUGACUCUCUGUGUAAAAGAUCUAUGUGGAUUAAACAUACAACUAUUUCUCCAAUAUGUUUGUGAAGACUAGCACCCACAAGUACUUCUCAGUAGUGAUAGUUAAAUGACAAAUAAGAUUCUAUUGGGAUGCAGUACGUCAUGAGGAAGACCAGAUAUAUGUAUAUAGACAGCUUCUGCAGAAAUCAGAUGAUACCAUUAUAUGACAGAAUGUAUCAAAAUUUGAAUCAUUUCAUGUCAAGACAAUUUUUUGUCAUAUGGAUCUGCAUAAGAAAUGAAAG